ACCACAGGGUUUAAGUCGCACAUACAUGACCAAAUGAUCAAGUACAGCUUUACGCACAUGCACAAGAAUAUAUUUAGCAGUUGCAUGAAUGCAGUGACACGUUUGCAUGGUUUUGGUGCUUUCUGUUUUUGUUCCGAGGCCAGAGUUAGCCGACUAGCGUUGAGCGCUAACAAAAACAGAGAACCGGAACGGAGGCCUUAAACGUUUAAAUAGACAAAUACAUGUUUUAUUUAUGUCUAGACAUCCGCUACAUGCUAAGACACUUUAGACCAAUGAAGGGGAAACAGCUCCAUGUGUUUGGAUGUCAUUAAAAACAUUAUUUUAAAAGUAGAUGUUCAUAUUUGUGUUAGCCGCUACUUCGCUAACGGGCAAAGCUAACUAGCUAAUCUAACUAAUAACAUUUCGCGAAAUGUCACAAGUUUGUUUCCAUAUUUUACUUGGUUUGGAUGUUCAUAACACCAUAACGUGCAGGAAACGGUUUUAAUAUUUCUAGCAAGGUUGUGUGAUUUUAUAAUAGGGGUGUGUUAAAGUAGCUUGCGUUUGUGCUUUGGUUUAGCUAGUCUUUUAAGCUGGUUUUGUGUGUUGUCAUUUGUCACUUUAAGAAGGCUUUUUUUUUUUUUUAACCAUGCAGCAAACAGUCUAUGUUUUGAAAAGAUGAACAGAUUAUUUAUUUAAUAACAUAUCGCCAUAACAGGAUGAGUUCAGGCUGCAAUAGCAAAAGACUAUUUGCUUAACCACGUUGAAGUUUAGCAGGUGACAUACGGAAUGUUCAGUACAAGUAGAAAGAAGUUUGUGGAGGGGGUCGACAGUGACUACCCGGAUGCAGAGAGCAUGUACCAGUAUACCCAGCCAAUGUUCCCGCCCCGAGAAAAAGACAUGCUGACAUCUUCGCCGUCGUCGUCAGGUCAAUUGUCACAGCUUGGUGCGAGUUUGUACGGUCCGCAAAGUGCACUAGGUUUCCCAAUAAGGGGCAUGAGUAAUAACAACCCUCAAGUGAACCGGAGUUUAACGCAAGGCACUCAGCUACCGAGCCAUAGCACCCCAACAACAGGCGUCCCAACAAUGUCCCUCCACACGCCACCGUCGCCGAACAGGGGCAUCCUGCCCAUGAACUCCAGGAACUUGAUGAGCUCGCAGGUAGGGCAGGGCAUGGGCAUGAGUGGCAGGACCAACAGUAUGGGCAGCUCGGGCCUGGGCAGCCCCAACCGCAGCUCACCAAGCAUUAUCUGCAUGCCCAAGCAGCAGCCAGCACGCCAGCCGUUUACCAUCAACAGUAUGUCAGGAUUUGGAAUGGGGCGGAGCCAGGGGUUUGGAAUGAACUCCUUAUCCAAUAACAUCUUCAAUGGGACAGAUGGGAGCGAAAAUGUGACCGGAAUAGACCUCUCAGAAUUCCCAGCACUCGCAGACAGAAGUCGGAGAGAGGGAAACGGCAACCCAACACCAUUGCAUAAUCCGCUGGCUGGAAGGGCACCUUAUGUUGGAAUGGUCACAAAGCCAUCGAACGAACAGUCGCAGGACUUCUCCAUUCACAACGAAGACUUCCCAGCUCUGCCCGGGCCCAACUACAAAGACCCGACGUUGAGCACGGAUGAAAGCAAAUCAAGCUUGAACUCAUCAGGCAAGGGCAGCUCAAGUGCAGACGGACCUAAGUUCCCUGGCGAUAAGACAUCAUCAGCACAGAAUAACAACCAGCAAAAGAAAGGAAUCCAGGUGUUGCCUGAUGGCAAGGUAACAAACAUUCCCUCAGGAAUGGUGACGGAUCAGUUUGGAAUGAUAGGACUCUUGACAUUCAUCCGGGCAGCUGAAACGGACCCUGGGAUGGUUCACCUAGCUUUAGGAAGCGACCUAACAACGCUAGGACUCAACCUGAACUCUCCAGAGAAUCUGUAUCCCAAGUUUGCAUCACCAUGGGCUUCGGCUCCAUGUCGACCACAAGACAUUGACUUCCAUGUUCCCUCAGAGUACUUAACCAACAUUCACAUAAGGGAUAAGCUGGCUGCAAUAAAACUGGGACGAUACGGUGAAGAUCUGCUGUUCUACCUCUACUACAUGAACGGAGGAGACCUCUUACAACUCCUCGCUGCUGUGGAGCUCUUCAACCGGGACUGGCGGUACCAUAAAGAAGAAAGGGUUUGGAUCACAAGAGCACCAGGCAUGGAGCCCACGCUAAAGACCAACACUUACGAGAGAGGAACAUACUACUUCUUUGAUUGUCAUAACUGGAGGAAGGUUGCAAAGGAGUUUCACCUGGAAUACGACAAGCUAGAGGAGCGGCCUCAUGUGCCAACCACCUUCAACUACAAUCCGGCCCAGCAGGCGUUCUGAAGCUGAGUCCAUCAGCGCCCGGGAGCUCUAAGAGCGAUCGGCAGAGACAGCCAGCCGACCUGCCCGACCACAAACCUGGUUUUAUUCCUCAACUGUUCGGACAAGGACUGCGGGAGGGGGGGUGGGGUCUCCACCUUGAGAGCUGUGGGGAGGGGCCCUGCCUUACGAAUUAUGUGCUGCCCAAAAACAAAACUCUAUAUUUUCAUUCUGUUUUUAAUUCCCCUCUUAUUUUCUUUCUCCCUCCAUUUCAUUUCGAGCAGGGUCAAUGUUUUCUUUCUCCUGUGAUGGGAAGCCCCUAUUGGUGUUUGCCUGGAGUCUAAGUUGCAGUACAGCACACACACCCAUUGGUAUAAAAAGCAGCCGGCGCUUUGUUUUCCGAAGCGCCGCGCUGACAAACAGGACAGACACAAAGACAAAUCCAAUACAUGUGAAUACACAAGGGCAAAAGAAAAUGCAAUGUUCAUUGUUGCACUAUUUAGUAAUAAAAGAACACAAAAAUCUUUUUCUGCUUUUCUUUUAAUGUGGGAAAAACGCUCGUUGUUCGGAAGGACGCGCGGCUUGCCGUUGCCAUCGUGGAGGCUCACCUUUGCUUUUUGUUUCUUUUCAUUUGGCUUUCCCCCGAAACAUUCCUUUGAUCCAUCACCCACGUUCCCCAUCAUCAGUUGUUUCCGGUGAGGCGUUUUCUGCUUAGCUUCAAUAAACACAAAUCAGACUGUUCAGCAACCGUAGUCGGGAACAACCGGACCAGGCGGUUGUGAGAUUACCAAGAAACAUUGUUCCGGAAUACAAACCCUUUUCAGUCUUUGUUACGAUUUUGUAAUAAACGUGUACAUUUUUUUAAUUUUUUGACAUCACAUGAAUAAAGAUAUGUAUGUAUGAAUGUGUAUAUAUAUUAUAUAUAUAGAUAGAUGUAUCUAUAUAUAUAUAUACAUGACGUCUAUUUUGGAAGUAACUAUGCUUGACCUCGUUUUUAGGAGGUGAACAGAAAUGGCAUUAUGUGGUAGAAGCAAAAAAACAAAAACACACAAAAGACAAAAAAGAAAUUAGUGACCAGUAUGUUGAGCUGCCAGACAGGGAUUCACGUUUGUAAACCUGUGCACUUAAGACCAACGAAGCAAAUUAAGGAAACAUGGAAGGCUUGAGUUUCAAGGACAUCUGUAUUCCAAAACAAAGAGGGUGGAGACAUCUCAGCUGCAGCUAUUUGAAUAGAAGCAUUUCAUAGGAAAGGGAAAACCGGUAGUACAAAAACAGACCAAUCUUGUAUUUUCUGACCACCUUUAAAGCUCCCUUUCUUUGUAAUAAAGCAGAACGGCUUUCCUGAA